CCCCCUAAUUGUACCUUUUGGUUGAACCGGACCGAACUGCAACCCGGUGCCUUGGAAUACAGAGUCAGUCCACGUUGUGGAUUGAUUCAUUUAGUGUCAUCAUUUGUAGUCCCCAAUCAUCCGACGCUGAUCCCCUCGAUUCGCGGCGCCCUCGCCUCCACCACUCUCCAACCACCCGACGCCGACCGCCAUCAAUUCACGCCCCCACCAGCUGCAUCGGUUCCCUCCAGCGCCCCGCCUCCUGGCGCAGAUCCGUGCACCCCUUGCCCUCUCCGGACUCGAUGAUUCACAGAUCCGCCCAGCUGCCCAGGCACUGACUACCGGCAUCCGGAUCUCCUGCUCCACUGCUCGCCGCCUCGGGGCUCUCCGGCGUUGGCUCAGCGCGACGGGCCCCCCAAUAGCCUAGUUCCGGAUCCCCCAACCGCCCAAGCCCCACAGGUCAAGCACCGGCCACCGAUGUCUGACGAACGAGCGAACUCCCCGCGGAUGCAGGAGGAGGAGGUGCAGGAGCGACCGCCGACCGUCCGUGUUUCACCAUCCCCUUCUUCGAUCACAAGGUAACCUUCUCCGGUGUUGAAACCAUCCGCGGACACCUGGCAAGCUGGUGCCCACAAGAGGUGGUGCUGAGGCACGAGGCGGUGGGCGUGUUCCUGACGCACUGCGGGUGGAACUCGACCAUGGAGAGCCUAUGCGCCGGGGUGCCGAUGCUGUGCUGGCCCUUCUUCGCGGAGCAGCAGACCAACAGCCGGUACACGUACGUGGAGUGGGGCGUGGCCAUGGAGAUCGGCCAGGACGUUCGGCGGGAGGCGGUGGAGGAGAAGAUCCGAGAGGCGAUGGGCGGAGAGAAGGGAAUGGAGAUGCAGCGCCGCUGGGCGGAGAGAAGGGAAUGGAGAUGCAGCGCCGCGUGGGAGAGUGGCAGCAGACUGGUCUCCGCGCGACGCGGCCCGGAGGGCGCUCAUAUGCCAACCUCGACAAGCUGGUCGCCGACAUGCUCCUCUCGGGUGGCGGCAAGAGUUCUCAGGAGGGUUUCACUUCGCACACCGCCACUGUCCAAUGAUUCGGACUGAACAUGGAUGGUAGUACACCAAAAGAGAAGUUUGUGUGAAUGUCGAGGCAAACCCGUAAAUCAUGGAGCAUGUGAUGGAAUGGAAGGACCGAAGGAGCCAGUAGCGGAAGAAGUUACUUCUCGUAGCAGGCAAAAAUUGGAAUAUGAAAACCUGGAAGCCAAGAGGGUUAAUCCCUAAUUACUAUAUUUUAUUCCAUUAGUUCGUAGAAGUUUUGGUCCCUGUAUUCAAUGUAAUAACGACUUACAUUAUUUUAGCCUCACAAUUUUCUUUAAUAGUCUAGCUUUGUAAUUGAUAACAUAAUUUUUUUGGUUGAACUGUUAGAAGAUAAAGAAGUAAGUUACUAAAGUUUUGGACUGUAUUCUUUCAUUUUCAUCUCACUUAUCCUAUUUCUUUCAGGAAUCAUAAAAGCAUAUGGAGGAACUAUGUAUAGGCUACAAAGAAGCAUAAGAAGCAUUUUUAUAGCAGAAGCCAAGUGUUCUGAUGAUUUUGUUUUUUCAAUUGUGUUUUAUGUUAUUAGUUCAGCAUGUACAUAUAUUGACAUGAUUUAUGGCAUGGCAUCUGUCAUCUUUGUUAUAUUUAUGACAUCGUUCUUGAUUGAUGUGUGCGACAUGAAUGAUGGUUUUUUUAACAUCCUGACCAUCAUUGUGUCGCUCAUUAUCGUAUUUUGUAUAUCGUUUAUGGGUUCACGGAUAUGAAAUGACAAGUUUCUUA